GUGACUGUAAAGUACCUCACUGGACUGAUCGACCUGAUCGAUGGCAACCUGGACAGUGUGGACGAGGAAGAGCCGCACGCACAGAUGCAGAAGCACUUCACCAAUUCUUUAGACUUCCUGCGCCAACAGAAGGAAGCUGCUGUGCAUGAGGGAUAUAAGGAACUAGACUUAUAG